GCGGGAGGCCGCGACUCGGAGCAAGCCGGGCCAGGUCGCGCUGGGGGCAAAGGGAUCCGGAGUUGAGCCGGGGUUGCGAGGGGCGACUCCGCAGGGCGCAGGAUCCCAAGGAGACCCGGAGGGCGAGCUGAAGACAGACCCGGAGGGCGAGCUGAAGACAGAUCCGAAGCGCAGCGAGAGCACUAAGAAGGGGUGGGGUGGGAAUAGGGGCAUACCUGGAGGGCAGCCUGGGGGCCCGUCUGGAAGGGAAGCUGGAGCUUGCAGGGGAGCGGUGCCGAAAUGAUUGAGGCGGAGACUCGGAGGUUGCGCGAGGGCUGGGGAGCCGGUAAGAUCCGGAGGUGUUAAGUUCGAAGUGGGCUGAGAAGGGAGACCCAGCGGGGAGAAGGGGCUUCAGGGGGAGGCCAAGGUAGUCAGCUGGUAGGAGAGAGCUGGGCUGGGGUUCAGGCCAGGUGGAGAGUAGGCACGGUUCGGGGGCUCACGCGACAAUGGCAGGGAGGCCCGAGUGAGGCUGGUGUAAAGAAGUGAGCUGGGUCCAGGUGGAGGUGAGGUCGGCACAGGCUGAGAGGGUGCCAGGGAGGGGAGGCCCUCGACCAGGUCCGGGGGGCGCCCUCAUGGGGGAAGCCCCUCCCCGGAGGUUACCGGAGCCAUGCUGUCCCGCAAGGGCAUCAUCCCUGAGGAGUACGUGCUGACCCGCCUGGCGGAGGACCCCGCAGAGCCCAGGUACCGCGCCCGGGAGCGGAGGGCCCGCUUCGUGUCCAAGAAAGGCAACUGCAACGUGGCCCACAAGAACAUCCGCGAGCAGGGCCGCUUCCUGCAGGACGUGUUCACCACGCUGGUGGACCUCAAGUGGCCACACACGCUGCUCAUCUUCACCAUGUCCUUCCUGUGCAGCUGGCUGCUCUUCGCCAUGGUCUGGUGGCUCAUCGCCUUCGCGCACGGCGACCUGGCCUCCGGGGAGGGUGCCCCGGUGCCCUGCGUCACCAGCAUCCACUCCUUUUCAUCUGCCUUCCUUUUCUCCAUCGAGGUCCAGGUGACCAUUGGCUUCGGCGGGCGCAUGGUGACUGAGGAGUGUCCGCUGGCCAUCCUGAUCCUCAUUGUGCAGAACAUCGUGGGGCUCAUGAUCAACGCCAUCAUGCUGGGCUGCAUCUUCAUGAAGACGGCGCAGGCGCACCGCAGGGCCGAGACCCUCAUCUUCAGCAAGCACGCGGUGAUAGCGCUGCGCCACGGCCGCCUCUGCUUCAUGCUGCGCGUGGGUGACCUCCGCAAGAGCAUGAUCAUCAGCGCCACCAUCCACAUGCAGGUGGUGCGCAAGACCACCAGCCCCGAGGGCGAGGUGGUGCCCCUCCACCAGGUGGACAUCCCCAUGGAGAAUGGCGUGGGUGGCAACAGCAUCUUCCUGGUGGCCCCUCUCAUCAUCUACCACGUCAUCGAUGCCAACAGCCCGCUCUAUGACCUGGCGCCCAGCGACCUGCACCACCACCAGGACCUAGAGAUCAUCGUCAUCCUGGAAGGCGUGGUGGAAACCACCGGCAUCACCACCCAGGCCCGCACCUCCUACCUGGCCGACGAGAUCCUCUGGGGCCAGCGCUUUGUCCCCAUCGUGGCCGAGGAGGACGGCCGCUACUCCGUGGACUACUCCAAGUUUGGCAACACCAUCAAAGUGCCCACGCCCCUCUGCACAGCCCGCCAGCUGGAGGAGGACCCCCGCCUGCUGGACACCCUGACCCUCUCGGCCCGUGGGGCCCUGCGCAAGCGCAGCGUGGCCGUGGCCAAGGCCAAGCCCAGGUUUAGCAUCUCUCCGGACUCCUUGUCCUGAACCGUGGUCCCUCGGGCCCCCACGUAUGUGCGUGCACACAGGCAGUGUGGUAUGGUAUGUAGAGUGGAUGUGGCACGGCCAACGGCUGGUGUGAGGCCGAACCCUCCUCGACUCAGCCUCCCCCUGCUGCCUGCCCAGGGUGUUGCAAGGCACUUGUCACUGCUAUUUCUGGCCUCAGCAGGAGCCUGUACUAGGUUAUUUUUGUCCCUGCUCCUCCCAGCUUAGGACUGGCUGCCCCCCCCCACACACACACACAUACUGCUGGGGGGUGAGGGGCUGUGGGAGUUUCAGGGCCCUAUAACUGGGUCCUCAGCCAGUCCUGACCCCUGCCGUCAACCAGCCACAAACUGGGCAGGUGGCUGGGGAAGAACAGUCUCUAUUUGUGAGCCCUACUGCUCUAUGUAUGUGGCCCCAAGAGAUGUCUGUGAUCGGGUCCCAGACCCGCUUCGUCCAUGAAAAAGCAGUGGGCUAAGGAGUGGGCUGGCUGGCCAGGGAGGGCAGUUCCAGCUGGAAGAUUGGGGCCAUGGGGCCUACAGGGACAGGGAUGGGCUGAGGCUGAUAGGGUUCCCCUCUAAGAGGUGGGCUCAGGCCAGGGACAGGGUGGCAGGAGGCUUGGCCUUGCUGUUUGCUCAGGCACAGGGACGAGGAGCUGGGCCCACUGCCCUGGCCCUUUGCCCCAACACCAGCCUUCUGUAGUGCGGGCUCGGUGGGCUGGGGCUGACACACCGGCUGCUCUCAUCUUGUCCCCCAUCUGGGAGGCUGGGCCGUGGCAGACGGUGACAUGCCAAGCAGAGGCUGAGGAGAGUUCUGUGCCCAUGAUGGGCCUCAGACCUGACUAUGGUGCUGGUUCCUCACUGGUGGCUGCCAGAGCCUGGUUGUGGGGGGAGGGAGGGUCUUGGAGUUGCUGUAAAAGGUGGGGUUGAAGUUCAGGAUGGUGGGUAUGAGCGAGGUCCCUGAGGUCCCCAGGGGCACGCCCCAAGUCUGGACUCCUGGAGCAGUGCUGCAUGUGCUUGCCCGGAAUUCUGCCUUCUCCGUCAUCAAUAAAGCCGCCCCCUUCACCACCUACAUUCUGGGCUGUUCUUGCUGGGUAGGCAGCGAGCACGCUGGUGGAUGGGAGGGCAGGGCUGGCAGCUGCUGCUCCAUUGAAGAGGUGCCAUGUACCCUGCAGGGAGGCCAGCAAAAGGACUUGAGGCUGGCUCCUCCUCCCCAGCUCAGGGGGGCUUUCCUCCUGUUCCAGGUGGCCCAGCCCUGCCAGCCUGUCUGGCUAUCUCAACCUUUGGGCAUCACUAGGCUGUGACUCUGGGCCCUACUUCCACUCCUGGGGAUCUACUAGAAGGGCAGGGUGCUGGUAUGGAGAGAGGCAGGGAGGUCGUAUGUGUUCAUGUCAUGAUGGGCGCAUGAGCUUUCAGGCCAGUGGCCCGGGGUUCAAAUCUUUACUAGUUAUGGGACAUUGGUCAAGAAACUUAACUUGUGUCUCAGUGGCCUCAUCUAUAAAAUGGGGAUCCUAAUAAUACCUACCUCAUAGAAUUGUUGUAGGAGGAAGUGAAAAAUGUGUGUAAAACGCUUAAGU